AUGACUUCUGUUAUUGUUUUUGGACCGACUGGUAAUGUCGGCUCCUAUGUGGCACGUACCGCAGAGGCGCUUGGAGCCAAGGUCUUUCUCGCCAUGCGAGACCCGUCGAAGCCCAUUCCAGGACUGAGCCCCGAGCAAGAAAAGAAUGGAAAUUACGAGAGAGUCCACGCGGACUUGUCCAAACCCGAUAGCAUCACCGCGGCAGUGAAGUCAUCAGGUGCCAAGCGGGCAUUCAUCUAUCUUAUAUGGGGAUCAGAUCCCCGGGCGACGAUCACUGCUCUCAAGUCGGCAGGCAUCGAAUUUGUGACAUUCUUGAGCAGCUUCACAAUUGCCGGCGAGCUACGGGACAUCGCUCCUUCAGAGCCCGUCCCCUAUGCGCAUGCACAAGUCGAAAUCGCGCUGGAUGAGAUAUUCGGCGAGGAAAACUACGUGGCCAUUCGCCCAGGUGGGUUUGCCACGAAUAUUGGCCAAUUCAAGCACGGCAUUGCUGCGGGUGAAGUCAAGACCUAUGGAUCGGAUUUCCCAAUGGACGGUAUCACCCCUGGCGACAUGGGCCGCGUGAGUGGCACGGUGUUGGUGCAGGGCUCAAAACAUGAUCAACGCAAGGUUUACCUGUAUGGACCUCAACUGGUCACCUACGGCGCUGCCGCUCAAGCUGUGGGAAAGGCCUUGGGGAAGGAGGUCAAGAUCACGACUAUUAGUGCGCAAGAGGAGCUGGAUAGAAGUGUGAAACAAGGCGUGCCCAGGCCGUUGGCUGAAUAUCUAGUAAGCCUUUAUGAGAAAAACAAAAACGGUGUCCUGUAUCCGCGCGUAAACUAUGAAGUUGGUGUCCAGAAUGUGGAGCUCUACACCGGGCGGCCUGCGACAUCUUUUAAAGACUGGGUGAAGGAGAACAAGGAUCUGUUCAGCGUCUAG